AUGGCUAAACUAACCUUAUAUACAAGCAAGUACAGUUAUCACCUUGAUUAUAUUUCAGGUAAAUGCCCUAUCCUACCCUGUUUACCGUGUAUAGCUGGGGAUGAAGGGGUAGGUGAAGUUGUGGAGAUAGAAGAUCACGUCUGUACAGUAGAACCGGGUGAGAGAGUUGUAUUAACUUCAAGGAUGCUGGGAACCUGGAACUUUUAUGGCAUUUACCACGAACGAGAUGUGCAUGUUAUUUCACCCAAAAUCCCCCUCCCCGAAGCGGCACUGUUGACCAUAGCGCCGUGUACUGCUUAUCGAAUGAUAAAAGAUUUUAGAUUAGUAAGACCGGGCGAAACUAUUAUUCAAAACGCUGCCAAUAGCCCUUGUGGGCAGUCUGUAAUACAGCUUUGUAAAGCUUGGGAUAUUAAUACUUUUAAUAUAGUAGCCAAUCACUGUGGUUACGAAAGUGUGAAGGAACAUCUUCUAAGCAUUGGAGCUACUGCAGUCUACACAUUGGAAGAAGCCCAAAAACUGACAACUUUUGACACGGCUUUUACAAGGCCCGUGCUAGGAUUGAAUUGUCUAGGUGGUAAAUUUGAAGAUGUAAUGCUUAGACUUAUAGAACGUAAUGGUACUAUGGUAUAUUACGGUUGCGCAUUUGAUUUGCCAAUUGCAAAACAUGUUUUACGCAGCGAUGUUUCUUUCAAUAAAUUUCAUUUAGGCCAUUGGGAUGCCCAUGCAAGUGUUAUAGAAAAAGAUGUUAUGAUGAAUAAUAUUAUUCAACUAAUGGUCAUUGGUAAAUUCAUAGCUCCAGUACAUAAACCACUGGAACUCAAAGAUUAUAACCACGCUUUUAGAAAUACAUCUAAUUGCGAAGCAUUUUCCAUCUGUAACUACGUGUUUGAUUUUACAUUGCCAUAA